CAGGGGAACGCAGACCCUGCGUGAGGCCUGUUGUGUUUCCGUGUCUGCAUUGACUGGUGGAGCUGUGAUGGGUUGCGACGGAGGAACUAUCCCUAAGCGUCAUGAAUUAGUGAAGGGUCCCAAGAAGGUGGAGCAGGCUGAUAAGAAUGCAUCAUUGGUUGCCCGCUGGAAUUACUGUGCCAUCAGUCAGACAGCAUUGAGGAAACCCAUUGUCGCCUGUGAGCUUGGCAGAUUGUACAACAAAGAUGCUCUUAUUGAAUAUUUGUUGGACAAAUCUCCAGACAAAUGUAUCAUUGAGACUGCAAAACACAUUAAGAGCCUUAAGGAUGUCAAGGAGCUAAAUCUGACCAAUAAUCCAGCUUGGAAAGGUGACAAGGCCAACACAAAGGGUGAUAAGUUUGAAGACCUGCACUGUGCUGCUUUCAUCUGUCCUGUGGUUGGUUUGGAAAUGAAUGGACGACAGAAAUUUUGCUACCUUCGUGCUUGUGGCUGUGUCUUCUCGGACCGUGCUAUGAAAGAAAUAAAAACUCAAGUUUGCCACAAGUGUGGGGAAUCCUUCAAAGAAGAUGAUGUGAUUGUACUGAAUGGGAGUAAAGAGGAAAUGGCAGAUCUUCAAAGGCGAAUGGAGGAAAGAAGACAUGUAGCCAAGCUGGAAAAAAAAGCUAAGAAGUCCAAGGCCAAUGAUGAGGUUUCUAAAGCUGGACUUGUCAAAGAAAUCUCAGGGCCAUCAAGCCAGAAACAAGAGAAAAAAAAUACAGUUGACAAGAUGGCUACCACUUUGUCAGGCACCAGCACUGCAGAAAAUGGACAGUUCUCAACUUCAGCAUCCACAUCUGGGAAAAUGUGUAAACCUGCCACCAGUCUUGCCAAACGAUCUUUUACAGAAAUGGCAGAAAAGUCUGAGGCUUACAAAUCCAUCUUCACAUCCCACAUCUCAGCUAAACGCUCAAGAGAGCAGAAACCCAAUUGGAUCACUCAUACAGCUUAUUAUUACUGAGCCAGUCAACAAUGUUCAGGAAUAUAUUCUUGCAGUUUUCUAACUGGCUUUAAACUGAUAAGAUAAAACUAUUCAUGUUUAAAGGCUUUCUCUUGCACUCUAACACAAAGGAAUAAAUAAGAACUUGUUUCUAGCUUG